AUGCACGCCAAAACCUCUCACGUCUCGCAACCAGCUCCCUUACCAGAUUUGUGUUCACCCCAGUGCGUGCUUAACCCCAACCAUUUCUCCGACUUUAUGGAUACCAACGCGGUUAUCGAUCUCGUCCACGAGGUGCAGGGCCAGCUCUGGGUCGACAAGGUGAACGAGACUCACAGAACAGGCCGACUCUGCCGGUGGGUGUCGACUUUCCAUCCCCACAAUCUUCCCUGUCAACUCGACGGCACCUUUCACCAUGGUGCAUUUAAUGCCGGCAUGAAGAUGGUCUUCAGCGACGGCACUGCCUGGAUGAUCCGUUUCCCUCGUGUAGGGAUGGUCAGUGACAAUUACGCCGACGAGAAGGUUGCCAUGGAGGUGACCGCCCUGAGUCUUAUUCGUAACAAAACUACCAUUCCUGUCCCCAGAGUCCAGGCAUGGGGUGUUGCUGCCGGCAACCCACUUGGUUUGGGUCCGUUUAUUAUGAUGGACUUUAUCAACGGUGUGAGCCUCAGCGACCUUCUCAAUAAUCCCAAUGCCGAGCGCCCUACUAGACUCAUGAGGGAGGAUAUCAAUGAUAGUGAUAUUGAAAUUAUCUACCGGCAAUUGGUGAAUUAUCUGCUUCAGCUUUUCAAGCUUGAUUUUGACCGGAUUGGUAGCUUGCCAUGGCCGGGGGUUGACGCCCAAAGCGCGACACUGGCACGCCCGCUAACCUUUAAGGCACAUAGUAUCCUACAAAAUGGAGGAGUCAACACUUUUGGCGACCGACGCCAGGGGUAUACAACAACAACUGAGUAUUUUCAAUAUGUUGUUGGGCAAGACUGGGCGCAGCUUGUUCAGCAGCCAAACUCGACUGUUGGUUUAUACGAUGCGAAAAACAAAUACAUGGCGUUUCAGGUUCUAAAAGCCCUGAUACCUGACUUAGUCAAUGCCAAGUAUGACCGUUGCAAGUUCAAGUUGAUUUGCGAUGAUCUUGGUUUGGCCAACCUGAUUGUUCGAAGCAAGAAAGAUCUCACCGUCAUUGGAGUAGUGGAUCUUGAGUGGUCAUACGUUGGGCCUGCCCAGUUGUUUGGCUCGGCACCGUGGUGGCUUCUUCAAGACAGACCUGUCAACAGCGCAUGGGAUUGUGAGGAUGACAAGCCGCCCAAGAUUGCCGCCCGGUACUUUAAGUGCCUAAAGUCUUUUAUACGAAUUUUAGAGGAGGAAGAGGAAAAAAUUCCAGGACAUGAAGAGAGAGAGCUCUCUAGUCUUGUCAAGUGGUCACAAACCUCUGGAGCCAUGUGGCUGCACAUGCUCCUCUCUUCCGGCUUUAAUGAUUAUUGCAGCUUUCCUUUUACACAGCUGCGCCGACAUUUUCACACUGAGUGGCUGAAGCGCGAGGAGGAAUUUAACAACACGGAAGAGCUUGAGGCAUUUGCGGUGCGGAAGGUGAGCGAGUUGGAAGAGUAUGAUCAGGCCUUGGAGAAGAGAGAGAAAGAUAAAGCGCUUGUCGACAGUGGGAUGAUGACAAAGGAGGAAUUUGUUGCCAAUACUCUGACAUCAGAGUCAGACUCUCCCGCCUGGUCCUCAUCGUUUGUAGUCAACAAUGAGGCGAGAAAUGACAAGGGGCUGUUCCAGAAGGUAGCAGCUACCUGGCUCUGGUCAGUCUUCUUCUGGCUCGAAGAAAGGCCACAAGCCCAUGUCUCGCCACACUGCACCUUUGCAAAGCGAUCUCUACAGCAGCUUUCGACCCUCAAACGAAAGUUCCUAUCAUGCGUGCAGCGCAUCCAUCGCCGUGGGAUGUCCAUAAUCUCGAAGUUUUACGAGCUCGGCUGCACUUACAUCGACUGUGACGGGAGAUCUCUUGGGAAGGCUGGAACUCAUAUCAUGAUUGAGAAGUUUCAGGCCUGCGGCCCAUCCAUAUGCUGCCAGCAUUUCCACUCGAAUACCACCCCGAUCAAGCAGGGUGUAACGGAACAGCAUUUUUCAUGCACAAAGGGAAGCCAGUGCAGGUCAAGGUCAACAGACAUUGGCAUCGAUGCCGCAUUCUUCUACGAAUUUAAUCCCAAUUAUUACCGCCCGCGUGUUGAAAUAUCUAGCUCAAUGAGGUCAGACACCAACGGAAAUAUUUGGUUUGACUUAGGCGAACUCGAGGAGGAGCAGCAUAUGAAAGAAAAGGAGAAAUUCAGGAGGACAGACAGCCUCAACAUGACUGAUGAUGAUUAUCUGAUAUGUUGUCCCUCGGUUCCCGGCUUUAGUUUCGCGGAGAAUGAUUUCUACGAGUUUGCUGUUGAUGACAUUUGUGAUGUCAAGUGGUCACCUGGUCUUCUUGGGAACCUAACAAUUCCUGACAAGAAGAAACGCACACUAAUGGCCCUUGCAAGAACCCGCCUGGAGGUUGUCCCUUCCCUUCCAUUUGAUGAUUUUGUGGCGGGUAAAGGGCGUGGCUUGAAUGUUCUUCUCUAUGGCCCGCCGGGAGUGGGCAAGACUCUAACUGCCGAAGCCAUGUCGGAGUAUUUUGAGCAGCCUCUUCACCUGAUACCCGCUGCCCAAUUGGUCGCGAAUCCUACUAAAGUUGAGGACAAUCUCACUCGUAUCUUUCAAAUCGCUAAGCGGUUCGAUGCCCUUCUUUUGUUAGAUGAAGGCGAUGUCUUCCUCGGACGCCGGGCAUCUAUCAACGCAUGCAAGGACGCUACUGUUACAAUAUUCCUUUGCAAGCUGGAGUACUUUCAAGGAAUCUUUUUUCUCACAACGAACCGGGAAACAGAGUUCGAUGAGGCAGUCCUUAGCAGGAUUCAUCUGAAGAUCAGAUACAAAAAGCUGAGCCAGCCUCAACAAAGGGAUAUAUGGAGGCACUUUAUCUCUUGA